AUGUGUUUUAAAAAUGUUUUCUUAGUUACUCAAUUACUAUGUAUUUCUCAAUGUGUUGAAAUAUUUGGACCAAAAUACAGACCGAGUAAAGGCGCAGUAUGGCCAAAACCAAAGAAGGAAACCCGAGGUGAACAGUUUUAUAACCUUCAUUCCUCAUUUCAUUUUAAGGUAACAGAUAAAACCUGCUCAAUAUUGUUAAAAGCAAUCAACCGAUAUUCAGAUAUUGUAAAAAAUCCAGAGAUGAAAAAAGCUUCGAGCACUGAGGUAGACAACCAAGAAAACUUUUUAGGCUUCUUGACGCAGUUGGAAGUAAUUUUGACACAGCCAUGUGAAGAACACCCAUCAUACGGCAUGGAUGAAAGUUAUACUUUAAAAAUAAUGUCAACGCCUCAAUUGAAGAGUGCGUCUAUUUGGGGAAUACUACGAGGCUUAGAAACAUUUUCACAGCUGCUCUACUACUCUAGUGAUUAUACUCAAAUACAUAUAAACAAGAAUAUCAUCGAGGAUUCACCCAGUUACAUUCACCGCGGGUUGUUGCUGGACACGGCUCGCCACUACAUCUCCGUCAACAGGAUUCUGGAGACUCUAGAUGCUAUGUCUUAUAAUAAGAUGAAUGUCUUUCAUUGGCAUAUGGUUGACGAUCAGAGUUUCCCCUAUCAGAGUGAGCGCUUCCCGGAAUUAAGUGAAAAAGGAGCUUAUGCUCCGUGGAUGGUAUACACCAAAGCAGACAUUCAGAAAAUAAUUGAACAUGCCCGCGAUCGCGGUAUACGAGUUAUACCAGAGUUCGACGUCCCAGGGCACAGCCGUGCCUGGGGUAACGCAUUCCCGGGUAUUCUCACUAAAUGCGGUAACAGCCUCGGACCAAUGGAUCCAAGCAGUGAUACCGUAUAUAAUAUAGUACAAGAGCUUUAUAGGGAACUAAAGACGAUAUUUCCCGAUGAUCAUUUUCAUCUUGGCGGCGAUGAAGUUGACACUGAUUGUUGGUCUAAAAAUCCUUCUCUCAUGGAAUACAUAAAGGAAAGAGGUACAGAAGUAAACAAAAUACAAAAUCUGUUUAUGGAGACAAUGAUGCCCUUAUUGAACGACUCGAAACUCAUUGUGUGGGAGGAAACAUUUACCAGCGGGGCGAAGUUACCUAAAGAUACUAUCGUCCACGUUUGGAAAUACAAGGAAGAGGAACGUAUGAAAGAAGUACUUUCAGCUGGACAUAAAGUGAUAUACUCAUCACAAUAUUACCUCGAUUUUUUACAAUGCAACUGGGAGUUCUUCUAUAAGUACGAUCCAAGAGAAAUGAUGACAUUUAGUGGCGACUUAAAUCUUGACGACAUUAUUGGUGGCGAAGCAUGUAUGUGGUCGGAGAAGGUUAACGAUGCUAAUGUCAUAAGCAGAGUGUGGCCUCGAGCAAGCGCCUUUGCUGAGCGCUUUUGGAGCGGUGGUCCGGCUACAGACUCUCCUCCUAUAGACGUAUACAGACGAAUUGAAGAGCACACGUGCCGAAUGAUACAACGCGGAAUUCCAGCUGAACCUCCGAGUGGAGCAGGAUUGUGUUAA